CUCUCCUUCAUCUCCCUUGCAUAUCCUCAGUGCUCAUCAGAUCAAUCAACCAUCAGUAAACACGCCUUCACCACGCUACCACCACUAGACAACAUUGACAACGACGACGACGAAGACCGUAGCGACUUCAACCAUACUUAGAGAGCGCCAUGCCGACAACGCGUGGCAUGCUUGACUCGUCUCCUAUCCGAGCGCCGCUAUCGUUGGCUCACGCACCCAAGCCGACGUCGUCCUCUUCCAAAACAAAGCCACCGCCCGUGUCUCGGACGUCGUCGUCGAUCAGCCUCCCGACGCCGCCCCGCACUCAACACAAGCGAAAACGCGGGCGCUCGCGGCACACGGAUGACUCGGACUCGGACGACGAGCUCAACGCGGAUAAGGAUGUCUUACCUGGCGUUCCCGAUAAGGGCACGGAGGCGGAGCGGGGCGCGAAGAGGCGGAAGACGGGGUUAGACACGAUCGCCGAGGAGGUGGUGGCUGCGGAAGAGGAGGCGUUUUGGGCUGGGAGCGCGACCAAGUCGUCUGGGCGGACGGUUAGGAUCAAAGUCGACGAGGGUUCGGGCGAGAAGACGACCAACGUGGCUGCGACGCCCCGGUCAUCGACUCGGGUUCGCGCGCCCCUGUCUCCCCCGCCAUCAAGACGUCAGUCUCGCCCAAAGGCGCAGAGGACUAUCUUUGCGACUGCGCUGAGGCCACCGCAGACGCCGCCACGACGUUCGUCUCGGACGGCGCCGAGGUCCAAGCGGGAACCCGAAGCAGUCCGCGACUCGCCAAACAAUCCGUUCCUCGACAAGGACUCUGGCGACACUGACGUUUCGCCGUUCGAGAGCCCUGGAACGCCGCCUCAGCGUUCCGAGGAGGAAGAGCGACCGACCGUCGACUACGUUUUCCGCGGCCAAAAGCGCACGUAUGCAAACCCGUACUACAACCUCACGCCCUCCCGGCGCGAGCGUGCCAAACUCCCGCCUUCGCACGUCGACUUCUCCCCGGAGCCCGUCAUGCCGCGCAAGCUGCUCUUCCCCGUCCGCAAGCGCGUGGCGCGCGGUCUUUCGCACUCUUCCAGCUCGCCCUCUCUCGACGGCAAGGGCGGCGCCAAGGUCAAGGUACCUUCGGUCACGAAGGCGCUCGUUGAGGUUGAGGAAAGCCCGGAUACGUCGUCGUCGCCUCGGCGAUCUGCAAGGCUGGCAUCGCAUGGUCAAACCUCCCCCGAGAUCACGCCCGGUAACUCGACAGAUAACUCGAUCCGUGGCGCCUUGCCCGCGCUGUUGUCCAGCGCCAAGAGGCAAAUGUCGGAGAGGCCCGUGACUCCUCCGCCGGGAACUCGCGCGGCGAGCCCCCCACGCCUGCGGUCGAAGAUUCGGGCGAGCCCUUGAAGUCGCUUCUGUGCCCUCCCUUCGGUGUCGCUACACCGUCGCCGUCUUCAUCAUUCAUCACCACCAUCUAUCAUCAUCAUCAUCUCUCCUUCACGAUUUGUACCAUCUCCUCUCUUUCUCGUCAUCUCUUAUACAUCAACCAUCGAACUGCGAUACCUCAUCCUAUUCCGCCACCUGCGACACCCUACCAUCACCCAUCC